AUGCCUUCAACUGGGCUUCAAGCCCUGAUUCUUUGCGGACCGGGCUCAUCAUUCCCGACGUUCACCUCCAACCCCGAUGAGAGCCCAAAGGCCCUUCUUCCUAUCGCCAACCGACCUAUGGUCUGGUAUGCGCUCGAUUUCUGCUACCGAACUGGCAUCACAGAUAUAAACCUCAUCUGUCCGCCCACAGCUUCUGCGGCUAUCUCAACGGCUCUUAACACUAACCCCCACCUCACUGCCCUGCCUCUGCCACGACCUGACAUCCUCUCACCAGCAGACUUGGAUCAGAACACAGGUACCGCCGAGAUCUUGCGACUGCCUGAGAUCAGGUCGAUUAUCACUGGUGACUUUGUGGUUCUGCCUUGCGACUUGGUUUGUGAGCUUGGGGGAGAGAAGCUUCUUCAGUCAUGGAUGGUCAAGUCAGCCAGCCUGACGGACAUGUUGGGAACUUCUAGACUUUCCAACGGUCAUCGAUCAGUUCACAGCGGCGCUCUUGGUGUCUGGUACGACACAAAGGCAGUUGCACCAGUCAAGAAGGAGGAGACAGAUUUUAUUGCAACAACUCCCUUGCCCUCAACUCCUGUUACGCCACCCAGGGGGUCGCUUUUCUCAAACCUGUCCAAGCUUGUUUACUCUAUGCCAACUGACUCUUUGAGAGAUCUGACUGGAGAGAAAAACUCACUACCUGUCCGUCACGGCCUGUUGCGUAAUCACACUCGCGUGCGAAUGUUUACGACACAUCGAGAUGCUCACAUUUACAUCUUCCCUCGAUGGGUUCUCGAUUUCGUCAAGGACAACGAGCGAAUGGAAAGUAUCGGAGAAGACGUUAUCGGAUGGUGGGCGAAGGCCGGCUGGCAAUCAGGUCUUGCUGAGAAGCUCAAUCUGGAAAGUUCCUGCAGCCAAGGCCGGGUCGAGGAGUCAGAAGAGGACGAAGGUUCAUCGUCCCCCAGAGAUCCCAGCCCAGACAACACGCCCAGCUUAGGGAACCCAGUGUCCAGCGACGAGAGCGCCGAUGCAAAGACACCCAAGAUUACGGUAGACAGCAAGUCGAAAUCGUUCGAAGUGCCGCCGAUCAUUGCUUACGUCCAUCCCGGUGGAGGUUCUGCGCCCUUGAUCCGACGUGUCGAUACUGCACAGCUGUUGCUCGCUAUCUCACUUCAGCUGGCCAAGCUCCCAUCACUUGAGGAGACUGGCGGAGAAGCCAGCUCGCCUUAUGUUCACGCAAGGAAGAUCGCUUACCCGGAAGGUGUGAAACCUCGCACGACUAUCACGCAAAAGGACAGUCUCAUUGCUGAGAAUGUGACUGUUGAGGAGAAAACAUCUAUCAAAGAGACUGUGAUCGGCGCCGGCUCGCAGAUCAACGAGGGCGCCAAGCUUUCUCAAUGUCUACUGAUGGAAGGUGUAGUUGUUGGCAAAGCCUGCAAGCUGACUCGUUGCAUUAUUGGAAAGAGGGCCGUUAUUGGAGAUGGAUCCGUUCUAACCGACUGUGAAGUCCAAGAGAAUCUUCUUGUAGAAGCUCGAACUGAGGACAAGGACAACAAGCUCAUGAGCUCCGAGGGCCUCGAGGCCACAGAGGCCGAGAUGAACGAGGUGCUUCAAGACAUGGAAGACGAUGCCGAACUGGCAGUGAUGGACUAG